CUACCGGCCUUGGGUUCGCGGAGGCUCCGCCCCCUCGCAGCCGCCUUAGCUACGGGCCUGAAGUACGCGAAGCCGGCGCUUCCGCCCGGACGCAUUCGAUUCCACUCGUGGGAGAACGCGGGGCUCCUCAUUUGCUGGUCCGGCCGGGAUGGCCCCCAAACUCCCAGACUCUGUGGAGGGGCUCCGAGCUGCCGGCAACCAGAGCUUCCGCAGCGGCCAGUACGCCGAGGCAUCCACGCUGUACAGCCGCGCUCUGCGGCUGCUGCAGGCGCGAGAUUCUGCAGAGCCUGAAGAGGAAAGUGUUCUCUAUUCCAACAGAGCAGCCUGUCACUUAAAGGAUGGAAACUGCGCAGAUUGCAUCAAAGACUGUACCUCAGCACUGGCCUUGGUUCCUUUCAGCAUGAAGCCCCUGCUGCGGCGAGCCUCUGCUUUUGAGGCUCUGGAGAGGUACCCCCUGGCCUAUGUCGACUAUAAGACUGUGCUGCAGAUUGACAGUAGUGUCAUGUCGGCCCUGGAAGGUGUCAACAGAAUGACUAGAGUUCUCAUGGACUCACUUGGGCCUGAAUGGCGACUGAAGCUGCCUGCUAUCCCCGUGGUGCCUGUCUCAGCCCAGAAGAAGUGGAAUUCCUCGCCUUCAGAGAACCACAGAGAGACAGCUAAAAGCAAGUCCAAAGAAACUGCAGCUACAAAGAGCAGAGUGCCUUCUGCUGGGAAUGUGGAGAAAGCCAGAGUUCUGAAGGAAGAAGGCAAUGAGCUUGUAAAGAAGGGCAACCAUAAGAAAGCUAUUGAGAAGUACAGUGAAAGCCUCUUGUUUAGUAACCUGGAAUCUGCCACGUACAGCAACAGAGCGCUCUGCCAUCUGGUCCUGAAGCAGUACAAGGAGGCAGUGAAGGACUGUACAGCAGCCCUCGAGCUGGAUGGAAAAAAUGUGAAGGCAUUUUAUAGACGUGCUCAAGCCUAUAAGGCACUCAAGGACUAUAAAUCCAGCCUUGCAGACAUCAGCAGCCUCCUACAGAUAGAGCCCAGGAAUGGCCCUGCACAUAAAUUGCAACAGGAAGUUAACCAGAACCUGAAGUGAAAAUCCAGAAAGGCUGCAAGAACUCUACCUGACCUUCCCAGAGAAGCCAGGGCCUCCCCUCUGUGUCCACCCCUGGAACCAAGCAUGCCCCAGCGGGACCGCUGAAGCAUCCCUUUCCCCAGCCCCUAAGAGGCAGCAGCCUUUUACCCUUUGUGAGGCUUUUCUUCAAAUUAAGCCCAUUGUACUCAAGCACAGUGUUUUACCACAGAGCUUCCCACUCCAGCUAAAGUGUGAGGCUGGAGUAUUGUUCCCAGUUCUACUCCAGACAGCUAGAGAGGGUCACACACAGGUCCUUAUUAGCAACACACUUUGCUUUGUUCCUGCCCCAAGUGUGUACAGACUAGACUGUGUGCUGCCCUCAGCAGACCCCACUUCUUUGCAAUUAAUCUGAACACACUAAACACAGAGGUUGGUGACACACUGAAAGUCCUGCCCACCUACACACAGUAGCCUGUUGAGCUGGAUCUCCAGGGCUGCCAUCUCCCCACGGGUGCAGCUGCUGUCCCCAUCCUGACCUUGGCACAGUCUCCUGUGUCUGAGCCCCAGUGCCUUUAGUCUUGGCCCUCCUUUGGUGGGAAGGCAGAGCCCCACCCUUGGAGGCUGUCUUUGACUCUGCUGCUGUCGACUGUAUGGAGACACCCAAAGCAUUUCAAGAGCCCUGUGGUUAUGGCUGCUCCUCGUGGGAUGGGGUGAGUCCUUGAGGUCAGUGUCCUUCUACUCUGGGCAGGAAUCUGCCUUUUUCUCCCAGCAGCGGCCCCUCCAAGCUUCUUAGUUCUUUGUAAUAUGUUCAUCUGAAGUGACGUGAUUUUGUUGAACUGGGUAUUUAAACUGUUGCAUUAAACUUUCUUUUACCCAAAUCUGUUGUAUUUAUAUUUGCACCUUUUCAGCAUUGUGCCUGGAACUUUGUAACACUAAUAAAAGUUAUU